AUGAAGCUCCAACCUGACAUGCCGAAACAUGAUAUUCUCUACAGAAAACGUACUGAUUGUCCUACAGCUUCACCUAUCAAUAUAAGCGAUAGAAGCGAUCCCAGCGAUUCCAGCGAUAUAAGUGAUUUAGACGACCAAGAGUGGCCUAUAAAGUGUAUCCUCCGCGAAACAGAUACAGAAUAUCUUAUUGAUUGGGAGGGACCAUACGAGCCAACUUGGGAACCUAAAAAGAACGCAAGUGAACUUGCUGUGCAGGUCUGGAACAAGCGUAAAGCCCAUUACCCACAGUUUCUCAAUCGGGAAACAAUACGUGUGCAAUCGCCCAGUGUCAUCGCAGAGUCUUCUUCUCUCCCUGAAACAGACGACGGCCAUCACAUCCCCUUUAAACACGACGCCGAUCAGGGCGAAAGUGGGUCAACCACCCACUCGACAUUAUCUGUGCAGCAAGACAGUCUUUCAGAGAUCUUGGAGAGUCUUCAAUCUCAGUACAUUGAGCUCUCAACCCAACUCGCCGAGACUCUCUCUCAGCACGCGUCUUCCCAUCGCUCUCCACCUCAGGCGGCUGUAUCUGACAGCUCCCACUGGUACACAGGGACAUCGGUCUUUGAAUACAUCCCCGAGUCAUCCAUUCCCUCGAAACAAUUGUUACCAGGUGAGUGGGACGGAAACACUGUGCUUGACACGUUGCAAUCUAGUAGCUUGCAGUGCCCCCCAAGUGUUGAUUCAAAACACUUUAGCGUUUCCGAAUCUCUCAUUGGACUCUCGCCGCAUCAGCAGCACUCUGCAGAAUCCCAAAUUAUUCCUGGGAUAGCUCACCCGAAGACACCUUGCCUCAACCCAACUUACAAAACAUACGAAGUCGCAGAGACACCAGCCCAGCUACCAUUUUACGGAAGUGGGCGUUUUUGUUUUGAGUCGAACCCCCGUGAUAAUCCUCAAACCCACGGCAAAUUGUGGCCACAGCAUACUCCCCCUCCUGGUUCUACAAUUCCAGGUAUGGCUACACCCCUCAAUCUCGUUUACCACGCUUACACGUCCCUAGAAUCCAGCUCCACCAAACCUGCUUCCUGGGGCUCAAUCCCAGAGACAACCUUCCCAAUCUCGUCACAGCGCUCAGAAAAUCUGAGCGCUGAAGAUUUGAUUCAACCAAUGCUUCCACCGUCGAGUCUGAUUGAACCAACACCACCUACCAAAAUGGAAGGCAACGAAAGAAAGCCUUCAGAUUCUGCUCCCUCGGAUACCAACUCUGACCGAUAUGGUGAUCUACCAAAUUCUACCCCAAGGGAAAAGCUUCGCAACGCUUGGGCCCAGCUUGGCUCAGAAAUCCAAGGCAAUACCGUCGAAACUCCAUCUUCGGUGGGCGAUAUUGAAGCUUCUGCACCUGUAUCUGUCCACGAAAUCGCGGCUCCCCUCAGCGUGAGAACCGAUGUAGAUUCUUUCCCCCAUUCUCACACCACAGUUCACCACAGUCACUCUGAGCCUUUGCUACCUGCCUCAGAACUAGCCCACGGGGGCCAUAUCUCUCAUUCCACAAUGGAAACGAUUCAGCCAAGUGCAUUGACAGUCACCGGCAUGGAUGUGACUGUCCCUGGAUCAAUCAAUCUUGGGACAUCCGAAUUCGCUGUCACUCUUCCAAUGGAUUCUCGGGUGAAGGACGACUACGAACGCGUGCUAUCGGAUGCAGCCACCAAGAUACGACAAUUUUUCAACAGUUUUCAGCUGAAUGUUCAAAUUUCUGGUUCUGAGCGAGAAGAGCUGUAUUCAAACAUGCGUGAGGUUAUUGUUCGACUGAACAAUGUCUCAACUCACCCAGAUUUAAACAUUUCCGAUCACCUCAAAGGGGCUGAAUCUGAUCUUGCGAAAGAGGCAUCUUGGGCCGAAUAUUCAAGCGCCAAGUUUCUUUUUCUCGGAAAUCUCAUAGAGCUCGUGGGUACUAAUGAGCUUCAUUUGAUCAUUGCCGUCGGAAAUGAGGAAAAGCAGAAAGUCCUAGAGCGUUAUCUGCAAGGCAAGGGUUUCGUAUACACAAAACCGCGGGAAGAAAUGGGCAGUGCGAUUGAAGUUUCUCUCGCAAAGGGCUCGCUCAGCUUUGGAAUUCAUUCCAGUGAGAGUGCCCGUGAACUGUUCAAGCCGCCAGCCGCUAUUUUUGCAUUGGACUCGUCCUUCAGCUCCAAAAGCCCUUCCAUGCAGCACAUUCGAACCACCUAUGCCCGAAGCGGAAACCUGCUUCCUGUCAUUUGGUUUUUUGUUGCCAAUACCGCUGAACACAUUGAAUGUUGUUUGCCCGACACACCUGAACCAGAACGAUUGCAUUUACUUGUUCACUACAUUGCUCGUUUUCAUGAUGAGGUCGGUGACCUCCAGGAUGAUGCACUUGGGGUGCACGAAGAUGCUGAGGAGAUUCUCAACUACCUCUUGGACGGCGUUAUUGGAUGGCCACUGCCUACUAUUGAACCGCUGAACCUGGUCUCCAUCGAAGAGUUGGAAGUAGCGAAUGACUCUUCAUCUGAUGACGUGCCAACACAAGCCGCUAAAAGGGCAUUGGACGACGACCACGAUGAUUAUUCGUCAAAGCGCGCACGAGUCGAUAAUCAAGAAAACAGUCAAUUGACCGAAUCUACGAAGCCUUCUAGUCAAACGCUAGAUCGUGAUUUACAGUCGCUGGAAGAAAACCUUGUUCAGAUGAAAGCCAUACAUGCAGCCGAAAAGGAAGAGUUGCAGGCCAAGCUUGCUCAGGCCAAUUCUAGAUGGAGCGAAUUAGAGAAGGCAUUGGGGACUUUACAGCAUCGCUACGAGAGCCGGACCAACGAAUUGCACAAAGUCCGCCAAGAGCGCGAUCGUUUGGCCGAAAACGAAAUAUCUAUCAAAGAGCGUGCCGAGAAAAAUAUCAAUACCAUUGCUAAACUGAAAGAAGAGCGAGAACAGUUGGAAGGUCAACUCGAAGAAGUCAGAAAAGCCAUCAAAGAUGGCGGCGGUAGCCCUGCCGAAAUUGAGACGUUGCGCGAAGAAAUUCGCCGCUUGGGCGAGAAUAACUCAAUUCUUGAGCACAAGGCGAAGUAUCAUGAAAACCAAGCCGAAUACCUCCGAGACCGAUACCAAGAGGCAUCUACAACGGCUGCUCAGUCCGGCACAGAAAAUCGUCGAUUGACGAUUGAAAAUGAGGAAUUGAAGCGUCAAGCUGAAGGCAACAUGAUUAGACUCCACGAGAUCAACACGCAAGACACAUCAUCUCGCCAUGUUGCUCGAAUUGAAGAGUUGGAGAUCACUCUCGCGUCGCGCGAUGAAUUCCUUCGCAAAAAGGAGGACGAAUUACGCGAAAUCCGUAAAAAUCGGCCAUCUACCCGCUCAACCAGCACCCAGCCACGAAGCCCUAAAUGGACCGGUAGCCGCCCAACUAGUCCUGGAGUUGGCCACAAUGGCAACGGCAACGGCAACGGCGGUAUUCCCGGCAGAGCCAGUGCUCUGCGAUACAGUUCAGAGAUGCGAUUCUAG